AUGCUCAAUUCACUUUACACACUCUUCACCUCUGAUAAGCAAGCCAUGGAUACCCAGCCGAAAGACGCCAAGCAGGCUCUGGCCGAGGACAAGUACGACGACUGUUUGUCCUGCAGAGUGACUGGAUCUGCUGCUUUUAUGGGCCUUGGAGUCUACAGCUACUACACUGGAAUGGCCAAUCUCCGGAAACAAGAGAAGGCCAUCAUGCAAGGCCCCACAAAAUACAAGAUGGGCUCGCGCAAGUUGGGGAUUGCCUCGAUCUCUGCGACAUUAGUGGGAAUGGGGUUGUGGCGGGCGUUCAAUUGA